AUGACCUGGUUCUUUGAACAGUUUAGGGAAGCAUAUGGAGAAAGGGAAAACAUGUGUUUUAUGUCAGAUAGAAACGAGAGCAUAUGGAAAGGGACUACAAGAGUAUAUCCUGGUUUGGAACAUUUUGCAUGCAUAUGGCACUUAUGCUGUAAUGUUUUGAAGAACUUCCAUAGGAAUACUGAAGAUUUGAAGAAGCUAUUUUUUACAAUGGCAAAGGCUUAUACAAUACAACAAUUUGAGGCGAUUAUGCAAAGAAUAGACCAGAUAGAUCCAAGAAUAAGAGAUUAUUUAUAUGAUAUCGGGUAUAGCAAGUGGUCAAGGGCGUAUUCAAAAUGUAAGCGAACAUGGACCAUGACUUCAAACAUAGCCGAAUCUUUGAAUAAUGUUAACAGGAUAGCAAGGAGGUUGCCAGUGAUUUCACUUCUUGAAUUUAUGAGGGUAACAGUUCAAAGAUGGAUUCAUAAGCACAAUGAGGAGGCUGCAAAAACUAGAUCAGAGCUUACAAAAAAAUAUGAUCUUGUGCUCCAUAAAAGUAUUGCUUUGUCUAGCAGUAUGAGGGUAAUACCAUCAACAGUUGAUAUGCAUGCUGUUGUUGAUGGACCAAAGCGGUACAUAGUAAAUUUAAACACUAAGAUGUGUAGUUGCGGAAGAUUUCAAAAUGAUGAGAUACCGUGCGGGCAUGGAAUAGCAGUUCUUAGAUACAGAAGACUACAUGAAACAGAUUAUUGCUCUCCUUUUUAUAGCCUGAAGAAUUUUCAAGAUACAUAUGCCAUCCCUGUUGAACCUCUCCCAUGCGAGAGUACAUGGGAUAUACCAAGUUAUGUUUCAGAGCCUAAAUUGAUGCCGCCUGGUCCAAAGAGAGCAGCAGGAAGACCACAACUGAAACGCUGGAAAGGGUUUGCUGAUGUAAAAUUCAAAAGGUCUAAAGUUACUUGUAGUAGAUGUCGUCAAGUUGGCCACAACAGGACGACAUGUUCAAAUUAUCCUGUGCAAAAAAAAUGA